GGGAAGGAUCCGUUUUGGCGGGCGGUUGGCGUUGCGCAGAAGGCGGCGGCAGAGGUGGCUUGUGGUGCGGUUUUGCCAUAGAGGACUAGGGCAGACGGUGGCGUGAGUGAUCAUUCUCAAUCCCGGGAACCCAGUGGCCUUAGUCCUUCAGGUGGAACAGUGUUCGACAUGGGAAAGAAAACCAAGCGGACAGCUGACAGUUCUUCAGAGGAUGAGGAGGAGUAUGUUGUGGAGAAGGUGUUAGAUAGGCGUGUGGUUAAGGGACAAGUGGAAUAUCUACUGAAAUGGAAAGGCUUUUCUGAGGAGCACAAUACUUGGGAACCUGAGAAAAAUUUGGAUUGCCCUGAGUUAAUUUCCGAGUUUAUGAAAAAGUAUAAGAAGAUGAAGGAGGGUGAAAAUAACAAACCAAGGGAGAAGUCAGAAAGUAACAAGAGGAAAUCCAAUUUUUCAAACAGUGCUGAUGAUAUCAAAUCCAAAAAAAAGAGAGAGCAGAGUAAUGAUAUCGCUCGAGGCUUUGAGAGAGGACUGGAACCAGAAAAGAUCAUUGGGGCGACAGAUUCCUGUGGCGAUUUAAUGUUCCUAAUGAAAUGGAAAGACACAGAUGAAGCAGACUUGGUUCUUGCAAAAGAAGCUAAUGUGAAAUGUCCACAAAUUGUGAUAGCAUUUUAUGAAGAGAGACUGACAUGGCAUGCGUACCCCGAGGAUGCGGAAAACAAAGAGAAAGAAACAGCAAAGAGCUAAAGGAGGGGGUGGUUUCUGUCAUUUCUCUUUGUACAUAAUACAUUCACCCUCCCCUUCUACCCCACCCCCUUCUAUCCUAAACACAUCCAUAAAAAAUGUGCUUAUCACUGUGCUCCACAGGAGAAAUGUUGGUAUUGGUUCUCUUGUAACAUAACCGAUGGUCUGAUCCAUGAUAAGUGUAUCUCUGUGAAGACCAGGCAUUUACAUACUGUGUGUAAUUCUCACUUUUUUUUUUCCUUUGCCCUGAUCUCUUCCUUCUGCUCCCCUGUGACCUCAAGAUGCAUUUUAAGUUUUUAUUC